GUGGCUUCUCAACUGUGUUUCUGGUACGUACCCAUGGCGGGGUACGAUGUGCACUGAAACGUAUGUGUGUUAAUAACGUGCCGGAUCUCAACAUAUGCAAGAGAGAAAUUACAAUUAUGAAAGAGUUAUCUGGGCACAAGAAUAUUGUGAGCUAUUUGGAUUGUGCUGUUAACUCUGUAAGUGAUAAUGUUUGGGAGGUACUCAUUCUCAUGGAGUACUGUCGAGCUGGGCAGGUUGUGAAUCAGAUGAAUCAGCGUCUGCAGACGGGCUUUUCUGAAUCGGAAGUAAUGAGGAUAUUUUGUGAUACCUGUGAAGCUGUUGCCCGGUUGCAUCAGUGCAAAACACCUAUAGUUCACCGGGACCUAAAGGUGGAGAAUAUCUUGUUGAACGAUAACGGGAACUAUGUUCUCUGUGAUUUCGGCAGUGCCACUAACAAAUACCUUAAUCCUCAAAAAGAAGGUGUUAAUAUGGUUGAAGAAGAAAUUAAAAAGUACACAACACUAUCAUACAGAGCACCCGAAAUGAUCAAUCUUUAUGGAGGGAAACCAAUUACUACCAAGGCAGAUAUCUGGGCCCUUGGCUGCUUGCUGUAUAAACUUUGUUUCUUUUCACUUCCCUUUGGAGAAAGUCAGGUUGCUAUUUGUGACGGAAGCUUUACCAUUCCGGACAAUUCCCGAUACUCUCAUGGAAUACACUGUUUGAUAAGAUAUAUGCUUGAACCAGAUCAAGAACAGAGACCCGAUAUCUUUCAAGUAUCUUACUUUGCCUUUAAACUUGCCAAAAAGGAUUGUCCAGUGUCUAAUAUUCAU